CUCCUCUGGCUCUGCCUUGGGCAAAGGGGUCUAUGCCGUUGUUCUUCCUUGGCAGUCCCUCCACAGAAGCAGUGGUUGCCGGGGUUGCCGGUGAAGCUGCUGCUCGACUCGUCCUGCUGCCGACCGAUUUCUUCCUGGGGUCGAAGAAGUCACUUAACACGUCCCUGAUGGACAACGUUCUCCACUUUGUUUUUUGCGCAUGCGCCGCUUUGCUGCUCAUUGGAGGACCUACUUCAACAGGUGCAGCUGAACAUGAAGAUUCCCUCCGUAAGGACAGUGGCGGUGGCGGCGGAGGCGGGAAGGACUGGCCGACAAUGUACGUCACAACCAUCUUGGAAGACCCCUACGUGAUGGCCAAAGGCACGGAGCUGGAAGGCUACUGCAUUGACCUGCUGGAGAAGCUGUCAGAGAUGCUGCACUUCAAGUACAAGGUGGGCGUCGUGAAGGACGGGAAGUACGGAGUCCUGAGUCCGAAUGGGAACUGGUCUGGAAUGAUCGGAGAGGUCGUAAGGAAGGAAGCGGACCUUGCGGUUGCUCCACUGACAAUAACGUCCAUAAGAGAAGAUGCUGUCGACUUCACCCAGCCCUUUCUCCACACUGGCAUCGGUAUCUUGCUUGAGAAGGAAUCUGCCCUCGAAGAAGCUUCUCUGUUCCAUUUCUUGACCCCCUUCAGCAAGGAGACCUGGGGCGGCAUCGCCGUUGCCUACCUGCUUUCCAGCCUUUGCUUAUUCUUGGCUGCCAGAAUAAGUCCAAGUGAGUGGGAUGGAAAUGAUGAGUUCCGCUACACGUUCCUCAACAGCCUAUGGUUUGGAGCAGGAGCAUUCACUUUGCAAGGAGUGAUGCCUCAACCCAAAUCGCUCGCCAUCCGGAUCAUUUCCGCCAUCUGGUGGCUCUUCAGCAUCGUCCUCCUCACGGCGUACAUUGCGGGCUUCAGCUUCAUCUUGGAGUCCAGCUCCGACCAGAUUUCCAUCCACAACUUUGAAGACCUGGUCAAGCAGAGGGAACUGGACUUUGGGACCAUGGAAAGCUCCUCCACGCUCCAGUAUUUCAAGAACUCAAAGAACCCAGUCCAGCAAAUGGUCUACGAGUCCAUGAACAGAAAGAAGGAUACCGUCUUGGCAAAGAAUUAUCAGGAGGCCAUCCAGAGGGUCCUGAAUUCAGACUACGCGUUCAUCGGAGAAUCCAUCUCUCAGGACCUGGCGGUUGCCAGGCACUGCAACUUGGUCCGCUCGCCUGAAGUCCUCGGGGCCAGGGGCUUUGGCAUUGCCACGCAGAAAGGAUCUCCUUGGACCAACAAGCUCUCGGUGGCCAUCUUGAAACUCGGAGAAUCGGGCGAACUGGACUACCUGCGCAGCAAAUGGUGGGAGAGCCGCUGCGCCGAAGACGACGACGACCACUGGAGCCCGCUGAGACCUCACGCUCUCGGAGGCAUCUUCUUGAUACUCGCCAUGGGUCUUUUAUUGGGGCUGAUCGUCGCCGUGUUUGAGUUGUCCAGGAAAAGCAAGCACAGGGCUGAGCAGGAGAAGAAAUCCUGCUGUCCUUUGUUCACCGAGGAGCUGAGCCAACGCUUCCAAAACAGAGGAGAACGGAGGCAAGAAACGGCCGGGAAAACAAAGCCCUGAGAUUUGGGCACGAUAAGCCCAAAACGUGAUGGACUCUUCUUUCUGUUUCCUAUAUUCUGUAGCAGGGUUCUUUUAUAUUUUUUCAUAACAGUAAGAGGUAACUAGGUUUAUCUUUUCGUAACAUUUUUGGGAUAACACAAAUCCUGGCCUUCUAACCCUCUUCUGUGCCAUUGCAGACAACGCAAUCAUUUGGGAGACUGGAUUUAUAACACUUUUAGUGUGUCGUUUUAGCCAUUUCUGCAGCUCUUGGCCAGCAUCAAAAGUUGUCCAUUUGUAAAGAAAAUGCUCCAGAAAUCGACUAUCAAAGAAGCCAACACUGACGAGAUGUGUGUGUUUUAUGGGCCGCAGUGCGAGUCGAAUGUACACAUUCCUAACCCAUAACAGCGUGAAAGUAUUAUCUUAUGAAACUACAGAAAGUAAAUCUGAAAUAUUUGGG